AUGGACGACGAGGAAAAAUCUCAACCAGAACGCAUCGGAAGUAAUCAAGAAGAAUGUACUAAAAAUAUAUUAGAGAAACCUAUAUCACCUGAACAAAAUGACGCUGGCCCUUCGAGAAUUUUUGCUUUACCGGGAUCAGUAUCCCCACCUCACAACUCAAAACUUCAUCUCAAUAACUCAGGCAGAUCGAAGUCCGAACACAGCAUUCGGAACAUAACUCCCGAAGACUUAACCAACGCACUCAAACUAACUUCCCUAAGCUCCGAGCCGAAAAAUCCACUUCAAAACAUAAAUUUUAGGGAACUACACAUUCCUAUUCUAGAUAAAAUAGAGAAAGACGACAAUUCAGCCACGCUUAUCGAACUAAAGAAAUUUAUGGCGUCUUGUUUUAAACAUAAAGUUAGUCAAGAUAGAUUGAACCAAAGCGUUGCAGUAACGAAUGAUGUUGUUCUGAACAUUCCAAAUGCAACUUGCACAACUAAAGUUCCAAACGAAGUUACAGUGGAUCCGAAGCAAUCUAAGGAAAGAAAGAAGUCUGGUUCUGAUAAACCUGAGUUUGUAACUCAAAGGGACUCUCUUUCGAGUAUUGGCUCAAAUGUUUGUAGAAUUUGCAUGACAAGAGGACGUGAGAGGUUAAUAUCUCCGUGCAAUUGCAAGGGCUCUUUAGCAAAUGUGCACUUAUCUUGCCUGGAGAGGUGGCUCAAUCAAGUUGGAAGGAAUCAUUGCGAACUCUGCGGAUUCAGUUAUCCGGCGAUACGCACACCUCGUUACACAGUGUUGCAAGCGCUUCGACUAUGGUUCGGCAAUCCGCGAAAUAGGAGCCAUUUACAGUCGGACUGUCUCAUAUUCUGGCUCCUGUCAACUGUCACCGCCGGUCUACUUGCCGUGUGCAUCGUGGGCACACAGUAUUUUGUUAUAGAGGGCAACAAAUUUGGUAAGCUCGAUGCGGCUAGAAAAGAUGAAGGUAUACCACAUCGGAUAACAGAAACAGCCAUGGACUUCUUUAUGGCUAUUGUGCUCUGUGGAUACUCUGUGACCGUCUAUUUGCUAUGGAAAGAUCAUUACGUCAUGUGGAACCGAUGGAGACGCGCAAAUGUCAAUGUCAGGUUGUUGCUGUCACCUGACGCUAACCCUGUCCCGUUUGUACCCAGGCCUAGGUAUAAUAUUGUUUAA